UCUGAACAUGUGUGAUCAGAGAACCGCUCUCGCUCUCUCCAUCUCCCUCUCUACGAAUAAUGGAAGAAAUCAUUCGCCACCUGGCUGAGCUCGUGGCCCGCCAGCAGCAGUUUACAGAAUGACUGGCAGCUAGACAGGUGGCGGAGAAGGUCAUCGUGGAUCGGCUCUUGCGGGCGCUGCCCCGUCCGCUGAGAUGCCCGGUCAGUAUGACGAAUCCAUGUGACAUCGCCAGUCUUGUUGAAGCUGUCGAGCUGGCGGAGGCAACGAACGCUCGCAACGCCGGGGAGAGAGCGAGCCUGGCACCCUGCAGGGCAAUGGAGCGGCGUCCGCUCGAAGGUGCACUGCGACCAGUCAGCAGACCGGCGGUCCCCGACCUCGUCGAUGAGCCAAUGCCCACCGAACCCCCAGCACCGACGGCCCGAGUCUGGAUGGCCGGCUGCAUUCUACACAAAGAAGGGCCUCCCCCUGGCCCCAUCAGGAUGGUGAAGCUGGAGGGGAAACCAGUUCAGGCCUUGUUGGAUUCCGGUAGUACAGUCACCCUAGCGCAACCUAUCCUGGUGAAGCCGAGGCCUGAACAGAAGUCAGAGCUACCACUUAUGUGCAUGCACGGAGAUACCCGCUAUGUACCGGCCCGUACGGUUCGGAUUUCAGCUGAGCCCGGGACCUGGGCCAUCGAGGUGGGCAUUGUGCGCGACCUUCCGGUACCUCUGCUCCUGGGACGUGACUGGCCGGGGUUUGAGAAGCUCCUCUGCACCCCCAGGAGAAAGGCCAUGGAGGAAACAUCGGGGACCACCCAACCAGAGACCGGCCUUCCUAGCCACGGACAGCGAGAGGGAGGGUAAGUGUCAACCAGCUAACAUUCCGUCUGUCUACCUUGAUGUGUUUCAACAGGUCACGACCGGGGGUCCCGACAGCUGCCUGUAAGUUCCUAGCGACCUGGCAAGGGCCCUACACAGUGGUGAAACGAAUGGGACCUGUUACGUACCGUCUGCGGCAACCCGGCAGCCGACGAGCAAUACAAAUCUACCUUGCUCAAGAAGUGGGUUCCCCGGCCCGAGCAACACGCUGCGCUCGCCCAAACAGACCAUCCAGUGGUAGACCUGGAUCCGCAGCUGUCGGCGACCCCAGAAGACGGAGCUCGAGGCCCUGGUCAGUCAGUUUAAGGAUGUGUUCAGUGAGACCCCAGAAUCAGACUGCACCCCAGGAGAGUGACACUUCGCACAACACUUCACCCCACGAGCACCGAGUGGAUUACUGCGCUGAGCACCGUUCAUCUGAGCACGUGUGAUGUGUGUUUCAAUAAAUCACCCUCUGGGGC